AUGCCGCGAAUAGUGGCUCUACCAGUCGAAUGCUGGGAUCAAAUCCUUCAACAUGCCAUCUACGUCCCACUCUUUUUCGACACAAAUCCAUUAGAGAACUACCCGGCCAGUGUGUACUAUCGAUACCACGACCAGGGUCCGUAUUGGGAGUCGGAACGGACGCGAAACGCGCUACGACGCGUCUGUUCGUGCUGGAAUCAAAUUCUAAAGCGUUUUGAUCAUCGAUACGUCGAAAUUGCUCAUGUAGCUUCUGGAGGAGCUCCUCCUGACGCAUUGCGGAGGGCGAUACGUAUCAAUGCGACUACUUGCGAAUGCAAAAUCUGCAUAGAGGCCCUGCCAUCGCAUUUGAGCCUCUCUGUGUGGCAGCAUGAGCUGGUCCUAGCGGCGGACAACGCAGGCGAAGGUGCUUGGAAGAUGCAAAUCCUCGAUUAUGAGCGUAUGCCUUAUCAUGGCGCCGCUAUUCUCGGGCGACCACUUCGCUUCCACAAUCUCAAGGUCAUCAUGGGGUACGACGUUCCAUUGGCCAGUCUCAACUUUGCUCGUAUCAAAUAUAGCAUUAAGCCUCCGAUGCUUACUUCAAUCGACGCGACAACUUUCGAGUGGGAUGGACCAGCAGACUACCUGCAGAAUACCUCUUUUCCGUACAUCCGGCACCUGAGCAUACACACAGUCACAAACACUCGCUCCUUCCUCGAGUGGCUCAAGACGACAGAUGGCCGCCUCGUCAGUCUCUUCUUGGGAGGUGAAGUGAUUAGUGAUAACUUUCUCGCAGAGCUCUGGGAACUGUGUCCUCGCGUGCGGCAUUUGCGACUUCCGUGCGGUGUCAAAUGGUUGCCGUUGCCGCAAGGUCGGACGCUCGACCUAGUUCAGCUAUCUGCUCGGCCUCCACACUUGCGGGAGCUUCCCCGGCAUCAAUGUGCCCUAUUUGUGGUGACAUUCACACGGCUGAAGCUUUCCAAUUUCGUGACUGCCUCUCGCGAUUUGGAUUGGCGCAAGUCAGGACCAUUGUUAUUUUGGACGAUUGGGUGA